AUGGAGGCGGUGUGGACAUGGGGCCUGAGCGUCAGGAAGAAACGCUGCCCGACUAAUUUAAUGCAGUUUAUGGGCAAAAUGCCUGACAGGAGGGUGAGCUGCAAGGGGCAUGAGGUCUGUGGAGCCCUCAAUGUUACCGUGUCCCCUGGACCUGUGGUUGACUACCUGGAGGGAGAAAAUGCCACUCUCCUGUGUCACGUCUCCCAGAAAAGGCGGAAGGACAGCUUGCUGGCCGUGCGCUGGUUCUUCGCUCACUCUGACUCCAAGGAGGUCUUGAUGGUUAAGAUGACCAAGCUCAGGAUGGUUCAGUACUACGGGAAUUUCAGCCGUACUGCCAACCGGCAAAGGCUGCGUCUGCUUGAAGAACGGCGGGGGGCACUCUAUAGGCUCUCUGUCCUGACGCUCAGGCCAGCGGACCAAGGGCACUAUGUCUGCAAAGUCCAGGAAAUCAGCAAGCACAGGAACAAGUGGACGGCUUGGUCCAACGGCUCCUCAGCGACGGAAAUGAGAGUGAUUUCUCUCAAGGCUUCUGAAGAUUCGUCUUUUGAGAAAAAGAAGACGACUUGGGCAUUUUUUGAAGAUCUCUACGUGUAUGCGGUCCUUGUGUGCUGUGUCGGGAUCCUCAGCAUUUUGCUCUUCAUGCUGGCCAUCAUCUGGCAGUCUGUGUUUAGCAAGAGGAAGUCUAGAGUGAGACAUUAUUUGGUGAAAUGCCCUCAGAACAGCUCAGGGGAGACUGUCACCAGUGUGACCAGCUUGGCUCCACUGCAGCCCAAGAAGGACAAAAGGCUGAAGCAGAAGUCUGAUGUUCCUCCUGCGAUCCCCGCCAAAGUUCCGAUAUCCCCCACGUUCCAUAAGCCGAAGCUGCUGAAGCCACACAGGAGAGCCAUGCUGCCAGAGAUCGCUGAGGAGAACCUGACGUAUGCUGAGCUGGAGCUGAUCAAACCCCACCAAGCAGCCAAAGGUCUCCCCACCAGCACCGUGUAUGCCCAGAUCCUCUUCGAGGAGAACAAGCUGUAACAUCACCUCCU